AUGGCGACGUAUGACGUGGUGGUGACGCUGCAUGGUGUGCAUCAGUUGGUCUGGCCGGGUGAAGCGAGUGGUGCGGAGGUGGGUGUGGAGGAGGCGACAGUGUUCGCGCGUCUUGCGUACUCGGCGGUGGCGGCGGGCACGAGUACGUUGCCCAACCCGGUCGUGAGGGUGUCAGUGUGUGGCCUACAGCGUGAGACGGCGGUGAAGCGACAGUGCCAGACGGCCAUCUUUGAAAAGACCUUCGAGUGGCACCAGAUCAACGACAAGAUUUCGGUCGAGUCGGCCACGGCCGCGGUGGAGGAAGAAAACCGGUUGCUGCCCACCCGCCUGCUUGGUGCUAUUCUGGGCUCCACCGGCCCGUUGCCGGCCCCCAGCGACUUGGCACCCGCCGACCCUCAUGCUGCGCAGGAGGCCUCCCUGCUCAUCGAAGUGCACCACUCCGGAUACUUCGGCUACGAACUCAUCGGCUCCUUCGAACGCUCUCUCAAGUCCAUCAACGGUCUUUCUGGUCACUCCAUCUCCAGGAUCAAAGUACCCAUCAGCCACCCCACACGCCCCAAUAUCCCCCGAGGAUGGAUUACCUUCUCCGCAACUUGUGUAGCCGAAGGAGAAUCCGUGCUGCCCAAUGCCCAAACUGUUCACGGUGCCGAACUCAUGCAAAAUAUGGAGUUCCGCACCAUAAGCAGGGAAAUCCAGAUUUACCGGGGCAGAGCCAUACGCUCCUAUGACGGUGGCCGAACGCCGUCCACGUUUAUUGUAAUUAAGCAAAGCAGCACUAUUGCCUAUUUUCCCGUAAAGAGACAGACUAGCACGCCCGUCUGGAACCAAGCUAUUGCAGUAACCGCACAGAUUCCCAGUGCAGAGGACUACCUCAUUAUAGAGCUCUGGGAGCAACAGGGAAACAACAUCAAGCGAUGUCUUGCUAAAGAAACGUUACCUAUUGCUUUUUUUGAAGACUAUCUGACAUCAAGAUGGAUACACUUCUACAGGCGAGAAGGCAACCUACAGGCUACCGCAACGGGAACUGGAACUGGAGGACUACUUCGAGUUCUCUCGCAGGUGUCGAAGGAGUUGAGCAUUGACGAAGGCGACUCCAGUUCCAGCAGCAGCGACGCCGUCCCGUCGCCAAAAGAGGGUUCCCCAGUCAGUUCUCCUAAGGCUCAGGAAGGGGACAUUGAAGAGCAGCGAAAUCCCGCGAUCCUGGAUUAUAUGGGCAGAGUUUUGAUCGGCACAAGACUCGAAGCGCAUAACCAGGGAUACCUGGACCCGCAAACCUUGGCACCACGGUCCGUACCCAAGGCAGAUCCCCCAGAAACAAUGUAUCAGCUUUGGAUGGACUUCUACUCCCUCAAUGUUUCUGGCGAUGUGUUGGUAAAAUCGAUUGCAAGAUCGAAUAUCCUUGAAGUGAGUGUAGGAGAAUGGUCGUGGCAGACAGUUUUGGAGGGCGUAAACGAGAACCCUCAUCCUUUGAAUAUAAGAAUGCCAUCAACGGAGCUCCGACUGCCCCCCCUUAAGCAGGCGCCUCACCUAAUUAUCCGAAUCAUGCCCCAGGAACAGGGCUAUAACCCGCCCGCGCCUGCAUCUUCCGGAGCCAUCUUAGCCCCCGUUGCGGGACCAGUAUGUUGCAAUGUGUGGUCGGUGGGGGACCUGAUGAAGGUCGAGGCAGUCCCGAUCUGGUCAAGGUUUGCGGUGCCCUCCAGUGCUAGUAAGUGUAACCUUCAAAUGCUGUACUCCGUCUCUCUCAAGAGCAUGGACAACACUGCUGGUAGGUCAGACUCGGCGACCGCGAUUCCGCGACCUCCGAGAAUCACGUACCAGGUGAGGAAGUUUGUCAUCUGCAUGAGGCUACUACAAGCCGUAAACGUACCUUCCAGCAAACGCGACUCCUUUCCCACAAGCAGUCUCACGGCGGACUUCGAGGGCAUCACUGUCCAGACGGCCUAUGUCGCAGAAGACCCGAACCCCGAAUUCAACUUCGACUACGUCGCAGAGCUGUACCUACCCACACGCGUAGAGUUGACCGCUCCAAUCUGCAUCUCGCUGCACACGACCAACGACGUUGUGGGCAGGGUUCUUAUUCCGGCCUCGUACCUGCAACACAUGGCUCUCGAACUUCCGGAGUGGUUCAUUCUGGACACCGCACCCGCCAGCCCGUCUCCGACCGGCUCGGUGGCGCAGCCGGCGCUGCAGCUCGGCACCAGCGCUCCCAUGUGUCUGUUCGCCUUCGAACUGUUCGAGGGCAUCGACCCCGUGAAACUGGCCAAAUCGCUCCCACCCAUGAAACAGUGCACCAUUCCCGUGCAGCUCACGGUGCUCGGUGUGCGUUUCUUCCCCUUCGCCAAGUUCCGCAACACAUUGCCGCUGAUCAAUGUCACCUGCGGGCGCACGGACGAAGAGUGGAUGCUCAACGAAAACCUCGUCGGCUGGGGCAACAAAACAACCGGCAGUCGCUGCGUAGACCUCAUGAAGAGUAUGGCCUUCAACCUCUACACAAACCCAACCGGCAUCUACGUCGACAUGCUGCGCUUCGAACUCUGGCAGUCCGACGACGAACUGGAGGGACGCGCCUCCGCCGUAGCCACCCAGAGCUCCAAGGUCACCGGCGUCGGCUGCGUCCCGCUCCAACUCCACAUGCCCUGGCUUCCCAACUCCUUCAAACAACUCGUCGCCAACGCCUUUCGUCCCAGCUCCGCAGAACUCGAACAAAUCGGCCUCAAACCAGCCACUCUCGAAGACUUUGCUGCUGUCGCGCCCUUCCAACGUCAUGCCUUCACCAACACCACUGCAAAACACAAAGUUGUCGGCAUCGACUUUCCCACCACCGCAGACGCCGCACCCAAUCUCAACGACGACGCACUCAACCGCUCCGUGUGCGUGCGACGGAGCCUGGAAGACUGCCUGACGAACGACGAAACCGUGGAUCCUGACGACGAAGAGUUGAACAAGGUGUUGGAGAUUCUAGAGAGCAACAGCGACCUGGACCCGGAGUUGCGCCCGCAGGAGAAGCCGAACCGUUCGAGCGAGAUUUUGGCAGUGGACGAGACGCCGGUACGGCCCAAGCGCGAAGGCGUGUUGCCGUGUGUGCUGGAGCACGAGCUGGACCCCGAGGUGCUGCCGUGGGUGGUCGUGCCGCUGAUGGGGCGGUACUCGAAUUCGCGCGGGAAUUUGCUGGGACUGGCGAAGAUCGCCCUCACGCUGGGCAAGCGGCCCGUGGCAGGGCUGCUGGCGGAGAGCGAACUGCCGCGGGAGCUGGUGGAGGACCUGCAGAAGCGGCACAUCGAGAAGGUGAACUUCUGGACGUAUCAGGCGUUGUAUCGCGAACCGUUCGUGCUUCGCGUGCACGUGUACUCCGCGGCCGGGCUCACACGGAAGCACCCGAAACAGGCAAUGGUCGACCUGCCGCCGGCGUGGACCCUACUGGUGCGGCUCGCUGACCACCAGCAGACGGAGGCCGAAUGUCUGCGCGCCAUGGGGCCCACGGCCGUCGACAUUGACGGCACAGUCACCGCUGGUCGCCAACACGUCUGGGAACCGGCCAAUCAGGUCGUGGGACUGCCGCCCGAGUUCUACGCCAGCUACGAGCUCGCCGGCUUCUUCCCGAUAAACGCUAUCCUCCAAAUCACGGUCAUGGAACACUUGACCGAAAUCCCGCAAAGUGGUCUCGAAGACCGCGUCACCAUCGCCGCCGAGUCGUUCAUGCACGCCUGGCUGCACGUUGACCUCGAAGACCGCUGGCACUCGCGCGACUGGCAACGCUACCGCCUCGACGCUCCGGUUGAGACUGGCAGCCUCUUCCGCGCCGCCGUGAAACAAGACUCGGACGCACUCGGCACGUGCUGCGGCAAACUCAACUUCAGCCUCACCAUGCUCCGGCCCAGCGAGGCGCGCGACACACCCUUCAUUCCACUCGUGCGCCCCAAGGCACCCAACGUCGAGGUUCGCAUCGCGCUCUUCGACCUCCUCGGCCUCAAACUGCCCAACAACGAACAACGCAGCCUCUUCGUCCGCGUCACUCUCCACGACGAAAGCUACGACUCCGACGUCCACUACCGCUCCACUGACGGCACUGCGCAGUUCAACUGGCGCUUCGUCUUCAGCCCCACCUCCAACAAGAACAGCAGCAUACUCAUCUUCCAGGUCUGGAGCUCCAACAUACUCGCCCGCAACGAACUCCUCGCAGAACGCGAACUGGACCUCACCGGCGACAUCGCCGCCAUGGGCAGCGCCGCGCGCAAGGACCUGAACGACCUAAAAUUCACGCUCAAGGCGCCCACCACGCAAAACGACUGCGGCGCUCUCACCUGCCAAAUCACUCUCAUCGAAAGCGAACUAGCCGAAGCCAAUCCAGUCGGCCAGGGGCGCAACGAACGCAACUGCGACCCCUACCUGCCGCCCGUCUCCAAGAACCGCAACAUGAUCGAACUCGACACCGGCAUCCUCGACGUCGCCUUCAACGCAGGCCGCGUCAUCAAAAAGUCCACCAGAUACUUCACUUUCGGCAUCGUAGCCAUCGUCGUCCUCUUUAUACUCAGCACCAUCAAGAACCUUUUCAAGUGA